AGCGCCUUGGAUAUUGCGUCCCUCGCUCUCACCUAGUGUCUUGGGAUCGAUAGCGAUUGCAAGAAUCUAUCCUGUCUGGCCAGCCAGUUGUCGGCGAUGAUUCGCAAGUUGUCGAGGAUUGGCAACCCCGAAAGGCUUGUCUGCAAUGUUGGUGAGAGUCCUUUGCCCAAUCCAUGCUCUCGACCGAAAGCUGAGCUCCCUCGCGACGUUCAUCCGACAGUCCAAGAAGAUUGGCAAGCUGGGCAGAGGCGAAGUCGUCUUAACAGCACUGGAGAGGUCAGCCUGGGCGGGACUUGGAGAACUUGGCGGGCAAUCCCGCAAGCCUAUAAGCUUGCUCGCUGCGCCCACGUGUGUUGCUCCUCCUGCUUUUCGCGAGAAGCUGUCAACCUCACCUUUCAAGAACGAACCUGGUCGCCAAGUUUACUCAUGUGGACUGUUUAUUGGAACUUUGCGGCGCCGAGCGAGAGUGGGUAUUAUGGCAUGGCUGUGUGUUGAAGGCCAAGGACGUCUAGACUGCUCCCUCGCGUGUGAGACGAUGUUAAGGUGCCAAAAGAGCGAAGACAACUGCUUAACCAAGAGAAGAGAGCUCAGUCAAGACGACGAGCAUUGGCGACUAGGUUUUCUUUGACCGAUCGCGACGACUUUGGGAUAUAUAUUCCGAGAUCUGCAUUGCCAGCUUCGCAUCAUUGAUCACGAGACAUGCAGCCCGGGUAGCAGGCGUUACUUGAUUGCGCCAUCCUGUUCGCAUCCAUGACUGGGCGAAGAUAGGUACUCACUCACAGCAUUCUCGCCUCAGCAUGUCGGAGACACCGUUUACUGGACUCAUAUGCAGUGUUGUCGCUUUAGGUUCAGCUCUUGUUGUUGGACAAGGCUUCUGUUUGGA